GUCAGCUUUAACUGCAGCUACAACAACCAUGACAGCGGCUUUUGCAUCUACCAACAUUCUUCCGUCAUCGAAUGGCUACUCUUACGCAGGCUGCUACGCGGACACUUCCAAGACAAAAGUCCUCUGGGGCUCUGUGACCAACGAUGAUACCAUAAAUACGGUGCGCAGCUGCGUCUCUGCCCGUAGGGCGCAAGACUAUCAGAUUGCGGGCGUCAAAGCGGGAACUCUUUUGCUGUGAGUGACAUAUUGGCGAUUGCUGCCCGUCAUAGCUGUGCUGAACUGCGAGUACUGCCUCUCUGCAGAUUGCGGCACUUCACUCGCCGGCACCCCGUCUCGCGCGAUAUCCGGCUGCAGCUCUGCCUGCAGUCGUGACAUCACCGCGGCCUUUGGUGGCACGAAGCGUCUCCAGCUCUACAGUUCGCUUCCCAAGCUCUCGAAUACCGACGUCGCGGAACUACCUGAAAUCGCCUGCUGGUGCAAACCUGGUCCAGUACCAGCCCGUGCAGGCACAACGGCUGCGAUCCCAUACCGUUCACUCUUGGCCGACGGACUCACAUCCUUCAACAGCAGAGAUAGUACUCAUCAUGACGCACGGUGUGCUGGGCGAGACAUGGGCGGCAUGUUUCCUUC